AUGGUGGAGUCCGUUAUCGGUCCCUGUGUUGAGAAGCUCGCAGAUUACACUAUUGCUGCAAUUUCCCGCCAAUUUAAGUACCUGUUUCGCUACGAUAGGAACAUUCAAAAUUUGAGGGCUAAAGUGCAAGAUCUUGAAAAUAAGAGAGACGAUGUGCAAUCAUCAGUGCGUGGAGCAAAAAGGAAUGCGUUAGCCAUUAAAUCAGAGGUGGUUGCAUGGCUGAAAAAGGUUGAUGAUUUAAAGAACGAGGCUGAUGAAGUUUUGAACAGCACAAAUUCUGAAAUGCGAUGCCUAUACCAAAGGAGGUGUCCAAAUUUGAAGACCCGUUACUUGCUGAGCAGGAAUGCCAUAAAGAAGACUACUGCAAUUGUUGAGCUCCAAGAAGAAGGUAAAUUUGAUGAGGUGGGCGUGCGUACACCACUAAAGUUGCUAUCUUUCCAUGGGUCCAAGGCUUUGAAGACAAGGAUAUCAACUAAGAAGGUAAUCAUAAAAGCUCUAGAGGACACAGAUACCAGCAUUGUUGGGAUAUGUGGCCUGCCUGGGGUAGGUAAGACGACAAUGGCAAAGGAAGUAAUGACUCAAGUCAAAGAUAUUGGAUUAUUUGAUGAGGUUGCCAUGGUAGUUGUUUCUAAGGAUGCAGAAAUAAUAAGUGUUCAGGAUAAACUUGCUGAUAUGCUCGGUUUGACAUUUGAUGAAAAGACCAAUGAAUAUGCGAGAGCUUCACGACUUAAUGAAAGACUUACUCAGGAUAAUAAAGAGAGAAUUCUUGUAAUAUUAGACGACCUAUGGACAGAUAUUGAUUUGAAAACAUUAGGAAUUCCUCCAUUAAGUCAUCGCGAGGGGUUGAAAAUUCUAUUGACAUCACGUGAUAAACAUGUCUGCGAAAAGAUGGGAGCUCUGAGUAACAUUGAAGUUGAAGUUUUGCCUAGAGAAGAAGCUUUUGUACUUUUUCAAGAUGUGGCAGAGAUUUUUAAUGAUGCUACUGGACUGAAGGACAUAGCAGAACAAGUUGCAGAGGAGUGUAAAGGUUUACCUCUUGCAAUUGAGAUUGUUGGCAAAACACUAAGAAACAGAGAACGGCAUGAAUGGAGGGAUGUACUUAACCGACUGCAGCAUUCUCAACACAGUGAUAGGGUAUACUCAAGCAUACAGUUGAGCUACAACUAUUUGGAAAGUGAUGAACAUAGGUCCUUUCUUUUGCUAUGCUCUCUUUUCCCUGAAGACCAGAGUAUUCGAAUUGAAAGUUUGGUUAGAUAUGCAAGGGGGCUAGAACUGUUUCAAUAUAGUGAGACAUUAUUGGAUACCAGAAAUCGGGCAUAUACAAUCUCUGAUACUCUAAAAAGUUGUCAUUUGUUGCUAUCAGGUGAUCGGGAGGAGGAGGUUAAAUUGCAUGAUGUUAUCAGAGAUUUUUGCUUAUGGGUUGCAUCUAAAGGUGAACAUAGAUAUAUGGUGAAACGUGAUUUAAUGACAGAGUGGCCGGAACAUGAUGCCCAUGAAUCCUACAGUGCCAUCUCACUAUCAUUUCAUAAGGCGAUUAGGCUACCCAGUAGGUUACAGUAUGGGAACCUCACGUUGUUACGGUUACUAGAAACGGGUUCGUUUGCAAGUGAAAUGGAAAUACCCAAAGAAUUUUUUGAUGAUAUGCUAGAACUUAGAGUUAUUUAUUUCUAUGGAGUUCAAAUCCGAUCACCAAUCCAACUGUCAAUGGGUCUUCGAACCCUGUGCUUGAACUACUGUACUUUAGAGAUUGAAAUAUCAUUCUUUAGAAGUCUAAAAAAGUUGGAAAUUCUCACAUUUUUUCGAUCUACUCUCUCUAUUGAUUUUCACCGUAAUGAAAUGGUAGAACUUAGCAACCUAAGGUUACUGGAUUUGAGGUUUAAGAAAGGUCCCUGUCCACUUCCCCCUGAUUUUUUGUUCGGUAUGAAGAAACUAGAAGAGUUGUAUUUAGGAUAUUACAAUGACACAAGUUAUGAAGAAAAAGAGCACAUUAUCAAAGAGUUAAGAUCAUUGAAGGCUCUUAACACUCUUCAGAUUAUCACAGAUGACACUCAGUUUCUGAUGCAACUAUUACAAGCGUGCUCUGAGAAGCUGGAAAGAUUUGCAGUCAAACGAAAAAAAAGCGGUCCUAAAUAUCGAUCUGUUUAUUUAUCGGGAUCGUUUGGCGAUAUAUGGAGAGACUGGAUGCCACCUGUCACUGAGUUAGAUGAAGAUUAUUUCAUUAACUUGAAUUGGCUGGAGCUAGAUUACUUGGAUUCUGAGUAUCUUAUUGAUGCUGCAGGCUCCGUUCCAAGAGGCAUCUUCCGCAAUUUGGAGCUUCUGGAAUUGAGCAAUAUGAGUAGGCUGAAAGAGAUUUGCAAUGCAAAUUUUCCAAGAAUGGAACAUUUGACGAGGGGUGUCUCCCAACCUGCACUGUUCUACAACCUCAAAGAUAUUCGAGUAUCUGGUUGUGCUAAAAUUAAAAGAAUGUUUUCUGAGUCAGUCGCAAAAUGCAUGGUAAAUCUCCAAAAUCUAAGUUUGUCGUUUUGUAUGUCAUUAGAAGAAGUUGUUUCAAUGGACACGCAAGAAAAUGAAAUUACCGAACCGCCUUCGUUCCCAAAGCUGAAAAGAGUCGUACUUUAUCAAUUGAUGAGAUUUGUAAGAUUCGGAUCUCAACCAAAUGCAGUUGGUCUUCGUCAAAUAUUGCUCAACCAGGUUGAACUGCCCGACAUGGAGAAGUUGACUAUUCGCAACUUGCUGAGCAUAGAAAAGAUACUAAGCAUGGAGGAAACGCCAUUCGGAUCUCUAAAUAGAUUAAGGGUCAUGGAUGUGGGUUAUUGUCGUAAACUAGUGAACAUUGCACAAUCCAAUUCGAUUAAACUAUUGAAAAAUCUUGAAACUCUUAAAGUACUGGGUUGUAGCGCUCUAAAUGUAAUAUUUGACUUUGAGGGUCUAAAUGUUAAUAAAGACGAUGAAAAAGAAAUUUGUAUACUUGGUCAACUAAAAUCUCUGGAACUGAUGAGAGGAGAUUGCUUGGUGCAUAUUAUGAGGAUGGUUCCUAAAGGAAUUCGUGUCUUCCAGAAUCUGAAACGGCUUGAAGUUGCAACCUGUGGCAGGUUGAAGUACUUAUUCUCGGCUUCUAUGAUUAGCUCAUUUGUGGCUUUAGAAACUCUAUUCGUCCAUUUUUGUGAAGAAAUGGAAGAAAUCUUUGGAAGAGACGAAGAAGUGGUUAAAGAAGAAGGAAUGGCUAGCAAAAUUGUGUUCCCCGAAUUGAGGAGAAUAGAACUAAUCGAUUGUGAUGCAGCUAUAUGUUCCGUCCACAAUCCACCUUCAAGUAGCGAUUGUGAAUAA